AUGGCCAGUCAGCGGUGCGCCGGUGGACCAUCUGCUGUUGGCGCUGCACUGAAAAAGGGGGGUCAGAGACGACGGCGACGAUGGGUCGACACUCCAGAGCCCACUGGGAGGGGCGGUUUUCGCGGCACUGCAAGAGCCGGGGUGGACGGCAGCAGCCAGGACAUAGGCAUUAAGGGCCAAUGGCCCGGGCUUUCAAUUGCAUCCAAUGGCACUUCGCAAAUUGAAGGGUGGAAAGUUCGCUCGCAGCGUGGUCGCGCCACAAAAGGUUCGAAGUUUGGAGGGAGAUUUUUGCUGGAGCGGGAGGCAUACGUACGCAGCGGACGUGGUUGGGUCACGGGUGCGAUGAUGACGCGGAUGGAUGACGCUCCAUCUGCUUCCGGUUAG